CGACACUCUCAGAUAACCCAAGUGGUGAAAUCCGUACCCUUUUAUAUACCUACAGCCUGUAAAAGGUACCCUUUUCGGGGAUUUUUCGGGCUGAACCUCCCCAUAAAGGCCAUUAUAGGGAGUGCCCCUUGGGGGUAGGGGGGGCUAUUUUCAAGACCUAUGUUUCCUUUUUUCUAAGGCCCAGCACAUGGGAAGAGAUACCAGAUAUAUUUGUCCAAAUCUCUACUACGCAUCGACAUUCCGUGAUGUGACACGCUACCAUCACGCCACGCAAUCGGCUACCCAGCCUCACGCAAGCAUUGCCUGUGACAUUAACCUAAUGCGCGAACAAAGACAUCUUUUUCCUUUAACUUUGUGCAUCAAGAUGCUGUCGUCGACACUUUGUCUGGCGUCUCUCCUGCUUUUCUUCCCUGAGCUGGCAAGCUCUCUUGAUUGCUCCAGUAACUCGCAGGAUCCAAGUUACAAGCCGUUCCCGCAGAAUGUUACUCCCGUUGAAUUUCACACCCGUAUGGAGAUCAGCCUGAAACACAGGAAUGUAACGUAUUUUGUGGAUGAGCGAUACGAUGCUGACAAAGAAAGAGGAACCUUCACUCUGAUAGCGGAUAAAUACGACUUUGAAACAUAUUACGACAAAUCCAAGAAUGAGAUCGCCAAUUUAUUUCUAGACGACUGCAAGAGCUUUACAUGGACGCAAGCUAGAUAUGAUCGAUAUAGAUGUCGUUUUCCACCCAGCGAAAGCUCCUUGAAGCUGAUUGGCGACGCUUGCAGCGCGACUGUUGUCUUGGACUUGGUGUACAGAAACAAGACUCAGAAUGCAAGAUACCUUGGAAGAAAAACCGUUCGCAAUAUCCCAGUUCAAGGAUGGCGAAUAUGUAAAAACGAAACCGCCAUGGACUACUGGUUCUCCGUCAAUGGCUGGUUGCACACGUCUGGAAACACCCCCGCCCCAGUUGUUGUUGAAGCCCGGCCUCAAAGCGCGGUAAAUCUCAGUGGAGGAAUCAUUCAUUCGUACAGUUUUCUCGAUUUUUUCUUUAUCGAUCCUGAAUUUCAACCGCAAAGAGAAAUCUGGUGUCGAGGGGCUGUAUAUCCUCCCCCUCUACCAAAACUCCCUCGGAGAUUCGACGUCAACCUGGAGUACGUGAACUCAAAUUCCACUCGUAUUUGGGGGAAACGGGAAUAUUAUGACCUCGAUAAACAACUCUACAGAGUUGAUUAUAACGGACGCCCGAAUCGACCGUCGAGUAAUGAACCGGGAGUUGCUAUCCGGGACAUGGAAAAUAGGAACAGUACCUUCUACAACAGAAAGACAGGAAGUUGCCAAGAAAUUGUCCUAGAGAGCGUAAAGCCAACGCUGAUAGCCGGAAAGUACCACUUCAGAAUCAAUACGCCGUUUGGUAAAAUGCAGUUGUUUGAAGAUCAAGAUGCGAAACCUGUUUACCAAGGAAAAGCUACUGCGCGGGGAAUCAAAUGUGACGUGUGGAGACAGACUCGAGUCAACUGGCCUGGAGAAUAUAAGUCUAGAAUGAUUUGGAGGUGGUACUUUACUCAAUCGCCUCAACAGCCGGUUCCCGUUAGGUUGGAGAUAGAAGGAAACAUAACGAUAAACGCAACGGCAGAAGAUGAGUUUGAGUCCAACGUCAACUUCUACUUGUUUGAGUGGCGUUACCCUUCUCCUGAUGCAUUCAGCGUAUCCUCUCUGUGUCCCAAAGAGCCAACGACACAGAAGCAAACCCGGUUAUCUUCAGGAGCGGUGGCCGGGGUAGCGAUCGCUUGUGUUGUGCUCGGUUUGUUAGUAGGAGUCUUGCUGGUUUACAUUGCUUACAAGAGAAUGAGCGCAGCUAGAAUGGGACCUCCGCCGGUGAGAUUCCCUUAGAAUUGUGUUCAUCUCGUUCAAACAAAGUUGUAAAAGCAGCAAGCAGAUAGCGUAAGAGAAGGAAGCAAAUUAUAAAAUCCUCUUUAGACUGUAUUUUUUUUUUUUUUUUUUUUUCACUCCUGAUCGCGAGAACUUUGUGCCCUUGCCAUCCAACCUAUGUGUAUCCAAAAGUAUUUUUUUAAAGUAUGGUGCUAAAAGCAUUUGAACUUGAUUAUUUUAGCGCUAAUCACGUGCCAGUCAUGACGUCACAGAAUGUCAAAAUGACGUGAUACAUAUCCGCUAUCUUGUUUUUCAAAAAUAUGUUUUGGGUUUUUUUUUUUAAGUCGGAACAGCUCUACAACUGAUUGAAAAAGGGGUUGCAAGAAACGAAACGAAUUUGAAAAAAAUCAUCAUGAAAUCCAAAUUCGAGCAAAGAAGAGAAAUUAAGCUAAACAAAAACACCAAAUUUGAAAAUCACAAUUUGAUCACUUAACCUGGAAUGCUAUUUUCUAAAAAAAACCUUAAAAUUACCCCGGGCACUCUGUGGGCACUUUGAUAAACAAACGAUAUGAUUAGAAAUCUGAAUAGACUGGUUCUAAAUGAGCAUAUGAAUAAACUGGGCACGAUAUGUAAAAUGAAGUUGGGUUGUCACUGCCGUGCUAUGAGAAUUUUUAAGAAUUGUUUUUUUCAGAAUGUAGUAUCAUGAAAUAAGUACAGGUUAUCGCACGAAUGCGAGUGCAAUUAAGGAUUUGCACUACGGGUCAUAUUUGAAAAUUCUCUCAAAAAUGAAUGAGCCUUACAGCGAGUGCAGUUUGAAUGAAUUCUCAAAAUAUCACGAGUAGUGUAAAUCCUUAAUUCCUCGAGCUUUCUGCGAUCACUCAUUUAGCUUAUGACUGAGAAAAUUGCUGACGCGCCCGCGCUAAUUUUCGCUGCAGUGCAAAGUAAGUAAGAAUUAACGAUAAAUUAGCGGGCUCUUAGCAAAUCUCAAUGAAGCAAUUUUCUCAGUCAUAAAAAUAAAGUCGGUAAUUAUGCUUAUCAUCUUUGCUAUCGCUAUACAAUAAAACAUGUUUGUUAUGUAAUGUCAUCGUUCUCAUUGCCAAUCUUUUUCA